CCUAUGUAAUGUUUCUGCAGAGGAGGAUCAAAUGGUUGGACAGACCUCCACAUGUGGACAUGUCCGUGGUGCUGGUCAUCUCCACUUGUCCCGGUAUUCAAGUUCAGCAGAACCCAGUUGGCUUUUUAAACACCUUCAAAUCAAGCAUAUGUGCAGCUUUCACUUCAUGACUCUUCCUCCUCCUUGCUUCCCUUUGGCUGUACGUGAACUCUUUUUUUUUUUUUAUGAAAAUGUUUUGUUGGUGGUGGUGUUUUUUAUAUAAAGUAUUUUCUCCCAGUAAAAUAUCUGAUACAUUUGAAUUGAUGCCAUUAAAAAGGUUGAAGCUCUUCAGUGUCGUUUCAUAUUUCACCACACAUUGUUUUGGUUGGACUGGGGGGCGAAAGUAGACAAAAACUGACCAGUUUGUAUUAAGAACCCAAUUCUAAAGAAUCAUCUUCAUCAGGUCAGCUCAGAAUCACACAUCAGAACUGCUGCAGUAGCAGGAUGCAUAAAUGUCACAUCAGACAGGAUGCGAAACCUGUGAUUCUCCUACAAAUGUGACAGAAGCUGUUUGUUCGGCAAUGGUGUUUUGUUCUGAUGACAGGAAGUGGUGCAGGACAUCCUUCUGUCAGUCACUCUGAUUUUUCAGUCUCCAUCCAGACAUCAUGAAGCUUCCAUCAAUGUGUCUGCUGCUCGGAGUCUCAGCUGUCCUGCUGGCAGGAGGAACGGUUUCUGAAGUGUCUCUGAUCGUCAGACCAGAUCUUCAGCAGUUCUUCAGUGGACAGUCAGUGUCUCUGAGUUGUGAGGAUGGACAGACAGCUGAUGGGUGGACAGUUAAGAGGACCAAAGGAACACUCACUGAAACCUGUGGAGCAUCUGGAUCAGACUUUGGGGUGUUUAAGGAUUCCUCCUGUGUCCUCGACCUUUUGUCUUCUUACACUGGAGUUUACUGGUGUGAAACCAGUGCAGGACAGAGGAGUGUCCACAUCAAUAUCACUGUUAACCAGAAAGAAGACAGGGCUUUUAUUCUGGAGAUCCCUGCUCUUCCUGUGGUGAAAGGAAGUAACGUCACUCUGCAUUGUCGUCACAAAGAUGGCUCCACCCGUGCAGCUUAUUUCUACAGAAACAGCCAUAUUAUUGAAGAUGGAGUCAAAUCUCAGAAGGCCAUUAUCUACAGAGUCCAACAGCCCGAUGAAGGUUCCUACUGGUGUUCUACUGACACUUCUGGAUCAUCACCUCUUAGCUAUCUGAGAGUCAGAGAUCCUCCUCUCCCUCAACCAUCAGCUCCCACUUCUUCAGCUGAUGGUGCUAAUCAUACAGCAAGUUCUCCUUCUCCUUCUGUGUCGUUGGUGCACCUCCUGUGCCACCUGCUGGUCAUCUGCCCGUACUGCGUGUGCAGCAUCCUGCUGGCUUCAAUUUGCUGCAACAGGGGCUCGGGAAGCCAAGCCGUGGUCUCCAUAGAAACCACCCAGCUUGGUGAACUGGGUGAUGUUGCUGCUGAUGUAAUUACAGAGCAUGAGUUCUGAUGGAGCGUGAGCUGCAGGUUUGUGGCGCAUGUUCGGCUGCUUCGCCACAAACAGGAAACUUGGACCCGAACCCAACCAAUCAGAGCAGCUUUUGAAAAGAAGUUUCACUUCCUGCCCAGCUUCUUCUGAGUGAAUUAAGAUCUACUGACACUUGGACCACCAGCAGCACCAAACUGCUCUGUAUUUUCAGCUUGACAGCAACAUUCUAGAGGAACUCAUAUGUUUGAACUGGGUCCAUCUUAUUUAUAAUGAGAUUUGAUUUCUAUAUGUCUAUUUUAAAAUUUUAUCCAUUUUGUCGAUUAAUGGUUUAUUAGGUUAAAAUUAAUUAAAUUCUUUUGACUAAUGACGUUCUCUUUUCCUUAGUGUUGUAGUUUGGCCUCCAUCCAGCAGAAGGCGGCGUUCCUUAUACGGAACAAGAAUUAAAGAUGGCGGCGGUAUCCCAGAUCAGGGAAACAAACGGUCCUUUGUGGCAAUUUAUGCGGGUUUUUUUUUUUUAAAUAUAAACACUCGACAAGCUCCAUAAGCUGUAACCUUAAAAAAGUCCUUAUCUAGCCAUGCUGGAUGACGCAGCAUCUUCAACUUUUCAACUAAAAAUAACUGAGGUAUGUGACAUGAAUAUGAGGAUGUGAUGACGACAGAAAAGUGGAGAGCGAAAAAAUUGUAAUAUGGUAUAAAGCAGUGGUCCCCAACCUUUUUAUUACCGCGCACCGGUCGAGACAUGGAAAUUGUCCUGCGGGCCGGGGAGGUAGCCUACCGUGAGACAAUGUUUCUCCAUGUUGGUGUUCCCGCUAAAACGUUUUUUUUUUUUUUUUAAGAGUUAAAAAUCUUUUUCAGGAUGUGAGACCAAUUCACUCAGAUUUAUCUGAAACUGCUGCAGUAAUCUAGUGAGAUAUAAAACCACAGUGACAGUAAUUGACUGAAUAAACCAAGAAGCACAGCAGCUCAGGAGUUGUCCGGUCAAACAAGGUCAACUGUUGAGGAAUCAUUGCGCUUGGACAAGAAAUGUGUUACUGGAACAAGACGGAAAAAGAAGAGAACCAGGUUCUGCUCCAAAGCUACCAUCCAGUAACUAUAGGUAGCGACGUUACAUGUAAGAGAGAGGAAAACAUUGAUGCUUUGAUACAUAUGGUCUAAGCUAAUAGAUGAUCCACAAAUGGUAAUUACUUCUACAUUUAGAAAUUCAGGAUAUACAGUGAUAUUCCCCACCCACCAAUUCAUGGUUCAGUAUUUGCACAUUUUUAUGAGGUAAGUAACUCUAAAGUAUUUGUGAAAAAUUUGCCUAUUUGUGGAUUUUGUUUAUUAUUAAUUUUUUACAACAUACCAAAAAUAUUACAAGGACUAUUCAGCAUAGGAGGCUGUAAUGCUACGUGAUUCGCUACUGGCUGGUGUCGCCAAAGCAGCCAAUCCGUGAGUAUCAUUAAUUUUACAGGGAGCUAAUUGGCUGUACCCCUAAGAGCGGGGAUAAGGAAAACUAUUGAUUGGGAAAUAAACAAAAAACAAAUAUGCAUUUUUAAUUGAAGCAAAUUGUAUAUAUGAUGGCCCCUGUGAUUUAAACUUGGUAAUUCUGGGCCAUAUUGCAAAAAAAGAAAAAGAAAACC